CUCCAACCUCCAACACCCCCCUCAAUUCAAUUGAACCACCACAAAGCACUUCAAAAGUUGCCAAUUUACACUCAAUUGACCACCCGAAACCCCAUACACCACCAUAUCACAACCCUCUCCUUCCCACCAACCACCAACCAAUCUCCUUACCAGGAGUUAGUCCCGCAAGAAUGGCCACAGACUCAGACGACGAAGCUCUCUUCGCAGCCCUCGAAAACGAAGACGACCCCAGCUACCGCGACACGCGCAUCCAACAACUAAACGCCGAAUUCGCCUCUGGCAAAAACAACCGCAGCACAAACGCUCCCUCCACCACAACCACCACCACCACCACCACAGCCAAUACUGCUACCUUGACGCACAACGACUCCUACCCAACCCUCACAACCGACCAAUCAGUGCUAGACCACACGACCUCGUCGACACGCAGUCUGAUCCACUUCUUCCACCCAGACUUCACGCGGUGCGCAAUGAUGGACCAGGCGCUGACGCAACUCGCGCCGCACCACCACGAGGUACGCUUCGCGCGGGUGGACGUGCGCAACACGCCGUUCCUAGUCGAGAAGCUGGGGAUCAGGGUGUUGCCGUGCGUGAUUGGGUUUAAGGAUGGGGUGGGCGUGGAGAGGGUUGUUGGGUUUGAGGGGUUGGGGGAGAGAGGGUUUGAUGCUACGGAUAGUGGGUUCCGGGUUGGUGUUUUGGAGAAGAGGAUGGUUGGGAAGGGGGUUUUUGUGGCUGUGAAGCUUGGGAGUGAGGAUGGGGAUGGGAGUGAGGGGGAGGAUGAGGGGAGUGAGGAGGAGGGGGAGAGGAGGAGGAAUGGGUUUGGGGGGAGGAAGGGGAAGAGUAUUCGGAGUGGGAAGGUGAAGAGGGUUGACGAGGAUGAUGACGAUGACGAUUGGGAUUGAGGAGGAGGAGAAGGUAUCAUUGGAGUGUAAAUGAGGAUGAAGAGUUGACUCUUGAGCAUGGGAUGCUUGUAUAUGUUGACAUUGAGUAUGACAUACCCCCUGGAUGAUAUGAUAUAGAGGAGACGGCAUAUAGGAUACCAAUCAAAAGAAACCAAUGGACUUACCGCCAUGAGCAUUAUAUGGGUAUACAAAUACACAAGAUACAGAACAAGAACCAGACACAGC